GAGACAAACGGGACGUUGGCUGAAUUUGGGAGGCAAGUUCGCUCUGUUAAAGCCGUUGUCAUCACCAUCUUCAACUUCAUUGUCACCGUGGUGGCCACCUUCGCCUGCACAUACCUGGGCAGCCAGUACGUCUUUGCAGACACCGCAGCGCGCGUCCUGUCAGCGGUAAUCAUGGCGUCGGUGGUUGGCUUGGCCGAGCUGUAUGUCAUGGUGCGGACCCUUGAAGGAGACCUUGGGAAACUGUGA